AUGCAAAUCUUUGUCAAGACAUUAACAGGUAAAACAAUCACAUUAGAAGUUGAGUCAUCAGACACAAUUGACAAUGUCAAGUCCAAGAUCCAGGAUAAGGAAGGUAUUCCACCAGACCAGCAGAGAUUGAUUUUCGCAGGUAAGCAAUUGGAAGAUGGCAGAACAUUGUCAGACUACAAUAUCCAAAAGGAGUCUACAUUACACUUGGUGUUGAGAUUGAGAGGUGGUAUGCAAAUCUUUGUCAAGACAUUAACAGGUAAAACAAUCACAUUAGAAGUUGAGUCAUCAGACACAAUUGACAAUGUCAAGUCCAAGAUCCAGGAUAAGGAAGGUAUUCCACCAGACCAGCAGAGAUUGAUUUUCGCAGGUAAGCAAUUGGAAGAUGGCAGAACAUUGUCAGACUACAAUAUCCAAAAGGAGUCUACAUUACACUUGGUGUUGAGAUUGAGAGGUGGUAUGCAAAUCUUUGUCAAGACAUUAACAGGUAAAACAAUCACAUUAGAAGUUGAGUCAUCAGACACAAUUGACAAUGUCAAGUCCAAGAUCCAGGAUAAGGAAGGUAUUCCACCAGACCAGCAGAGAUUGAUUUUCGCAGGUAAGCAAUUGGAAGAUGGCAGAACAUUGUCAGACUACAAUAUCCAAAAGGAGUCUACAUUACACUUGGUGUUGAGAUUGAGAGGUGGUUCUGAAUAA